AUUCCUAUUCUCGUAGCAAAAUUCAGUUACCCUUGAUUUGAUCUGGGAUCAAGAGAGAGAAAGAGAAGAAAAUAAAAUGGCGGGGACAGGAGAAUUGCCAAAACCAAGUUACAAUGCGAAGCAAUACUCAGGUGGGAGACCAUCUUACCCGCCUCAACUCUUUAAAUUCAUCGCAUCACAUACUCCUUCCCAUCUUCUUGCUUGGGAUGUUGGCACCGGCACUGGGCAAGCCAUUCCUUCUCUAGCUGAGCUCUACAAGAAUGUGAUCGGCACAGAUGUUAGCGCGACACAACUAGAGUGUGCACCAAAACUCCCAAAUGUAAACUACUAUGAUACUCCUAGAGUUCUCUCCAUCAAUGAUGUUGAACAAAAGAUAGCACCCGAAUCCAGCAUAGACUUAAUAACCAUAGCCCAAGCAAUGCAUUGGUUCGACCUCCCAAAAUUGUACGAGGUAGUGAGAUGGGCCUUGAAGAAACCCCAUGGGAUAAUUGCAGCCUGGUGCUACACCACCCCUGAGGUGAAUGAGGAGGUGGACGCGAUCUUCUGGCCAUUCUACAAGGGUAUUUCCGGCCCAGGUUGGGAGGAGACGACAAAGGCAGUGGAUGAUAAGUACAGGAGCAUUCACUUCCCGUUUGAGCCUGUUGAUGGAUUGGGACAUACUGGUCCGUUUGAGUUCAAGGCCGAGAAGGUAAUGAGCUUGGAGGACUAUUUUGCAUAUAUAAGGUCGUGGUCGGCUUACAAUGCUGCUAAGGAGAAAGGGGUGGAGAUGUUGACAGAUGAGCUGCUAGUCGAAUUCAAGCGUGCUUGGAUCAAUGACGGAAAGAAUGACAAGGUUGUUAAGUUUCCCAUUUAUCUAAGAAUGGGGAGAGUUGGGGAUUCAAAAUGAAAAUGCUUCAUGUUAUGACAACACAUGUACUUGUGUCCUGAUUAUUAUAUACUUCGGCAGCACAGAAGAGUUCCCUCCUCUCCUAAGCCAGAAUAAUAUGAAUUAAGUUCAUGUAUGAAGCAACAAAUGUAGAUUAUAGCCAUAUGAUGGCAUGCUGCUGAGCUUGAAGGAUUUCAGUCUUUCAGAUAUAAUAGAUUGUUUUUUGUUAA